CGCAAUAACAAAACAGCUUCAGAAGUAGCAAACUGUCGCUGUGCUCUUUGUUUAGUGUGAAAGUAUCCAGUUGAACAAUAUAAAAAUACAACAUCUUCCUGGACGGAGUUUCGGCGGAAGAGAAGAAGAAGACAGAGAAGAAGAACACAGUCGACCUUGUGUUUUUUUUUUUACUUUUUUGGAAGUGCCUUUACACACUUGCUUCCUGUUAAAUACUCGGCAAAAAAAAAAAGGUACACUGAGAAAUGUGAAAGUAGCUCUUUGCUACGCGGAACAGGAGGCUACACACCCACGGGACUCCUGCGUGUUUUAGUGUUUGCUACAUGAGUCUGUCGGCGUGAUGUCGCUAAGUUCAGGCGGCUGGACUCACAGCCCCGGCCUCACGCCGGACCAGUCCACCGCCCUCACCAGCAGCUAUGAAGCCUCGCAGGCGCAGCCUGGCUGCCAGACCGUCCUCAUGUCGGUCCGGGUCUCGGUGUGCCAUUCCGGGGUUCGUCCGCUGUGUCUUCCGGGAGCUGGCGAUGAGUCACUCCGCCUGCAACUGAGCAUGGACCCGGGGAAAUCCGGGGAAUUCCGGCUGGCGAUACAGAGCAUCAGCGGGACGGGCCUGAGUGUGACCAUAAAUGAGUUUGACUUAAGGUCCAUAAAUUAUGAAGUGAAGUCGCCAAAGUGCCACGAGCUGAUAUCGGUGGCGCCUCCGUGCGACCGCAUCAUCUUCAACUUCAGCAGCGAGCAAGAGGCCGAGGGAUGGGCCACCGUGGUCAUGUCCUCGCUGAGAGAAGCACAUCGAGCCACACCUCAGGAAAACGGUCUACAGCACCUCCUCGAUGGCCUCCAUCUCCAGAAUACCUCGGCUUUACAGCAAACAGAGGAUGCUUGCAUAGAGCUGAAAAAAGCCAUCGAGGCAGGGGACAUGCAGAGCGCUUCUGUCUUCGCCGCCUCACUCGCCCGCAGACAGGCACCCCUGAAGAUCCAGCCCUCCACCAAAACCUAUGAAGAAACUGAAAUAAAUUUAGCUGUUAUUGUCGAGGAUUCCUCCUCGUCUUGUUGCAUCACUGUGAAAGUUUUUCCUCACAUGACUACUGCGUCGCUGAAGCAGCAGAUGUUUCUCGAAUAUGGCUUCCACCCGCGGGUCCAGCGUUGGGUGAUCGGCCAGUGUUUGUGCACCGACCUCCGAACUCUUGCAUCGUACGGCAUCCGUCAGGAUGGUGACACGGCCUUCUUGUACCUCUUGUCAGCCCGCCACUCUCGCCUGACCGUCCAGGUCCUACAGAAAGACCAGGAGAGCGCCCUCCUUCUCAGCCCUCCAUCUUCUUUUCAAAACCCCUCUCUCCCUGCUGCCUUCACAAACGGACCCCUCUCCCAUGACGGGCGGCCAUUUUCCACUCUACCUCCAAGACUGCGCAGGACCAGCAAUAAUGAGAGACCGAACAUCAGCAAUAUUAGAGAUCAAUUCGAAAUGCCUCGACUCAAUCCCAACGCACCUUCUACCCAGGGUUGGUCUUGUCCAUCUUGCACGUACAUCAACAAGCCAACACGGCCGGGCUGCGAGAUCUGCAGUACAAACCGGCCUGAGAACUACAUUAUCCCUGGAGGACACCAGCCUGACGCUCUGGAGCUCAGAAGGAUCCUGCAGGAGAAGGAGUCAAUCAGACAGUAUCAGCAGGCAAAGGAGCAGGAGCGAAGAGAGAACUUUGACCGGAUGGUGAAGGUGGACGGUCAGGACCUGGUGCCUAAUCCUGAGCCUGUGGAUUGUAAGAUCUGCUUCGUGGACCUGCAGUCGGGAGAAGGUGUCCUGCUGAGAGAGUGUCUCCACUGUUUCUGCAAAGAGUGCUUGCGCUCCAUCAUCAUGCUCUGCGAGGAGCCUGAGGUUUCCUGUCCAUACAGAGACGAUACGUACGCCUGUCCAUGGGCCCUGCAGGAGCGAGAGAUCCGAGCUUUGGUGCCUCCGGAGGAAUAUGAGCGCUGGCUGCAGAGAAGCCUUUCUGUAGCAGAGUCUCGCUGCGAGGGCAGCUAUCACUGUGCAACUCCGGAUUGCCUGGGAUGGUGUGUGUACGAGGACACAGUCAAUGUCUUCCACUGUCCUGUCUGUCGGAAACACAACUGUCUCAUUUGCAAGGCCAUUCAUGAGGGAAUGAAUUGUAAACAAUACCAAGACGACCUCGCAGCCCGAGCCAUAAACGACUCUGCUGCCAGAAGAACGACACAUCUGCUAAAGACCCUUGUGCAGUCAGGGGAGGCCAUGCACUGUCCUCAGUGUGGCAUCAUUGUGCAAAAGAGGGAUGGAUGUGAUUGGCUGCGCUGCACUGUCUGUCACACUGAGAUCUGCUGGGUAACCAGAGGGCCUCGUUGGGGACCCAAGGGUCCUGGAGACACCAGUGGAGGAUGUCGCUGCAAUGUCAACAAUCAGAAAUGUCAUCCUAAAUGCCAAAACUGUCACUAACACUCAGGAUGUGGAUUCUUGGAAAUCUCUGGAAAUACACGAGUUUCAUAACAGGAGGAAGAGUUCAAGCAUACAACUGACUCACGCUUAAACCAAAACUGUAUAAGAUAACCAGUGUUGCACCUGAAUUCAUAUUGGCUUUUCUCUCUGCAGAUCUCUAAUCAGUAAGCAUUCCCUGGCUUACCCGAAAGUAAGUCGGUGAGUGAGGUUAAGUGUAGCACAAAGGAGUUAUAGCUUUGAAUGCCCGUGGUGCCUUUUCAGAGUUUGGUGUGCGGGCUUUGCCCCAAAAGGCUUGUCAAUGUUUUGUUAAGGUGACUCCAUGCUGAGUUUGGGAGUUUUUUGUGUUACAAAGCUAUGGCUCUUCUUUCCUGGUCUGCUUCCCAGGAAACAAAUGCAGAAGUGAUCUUACAUCUCCAGAUUCAACAAAACUGAGGCCUUGAAAGUGAAGAAAUGUGUUUUUUUUCUCUGCAUGAUUUGCUGCUAAGGAAGCUUUUCCAUAUUAUAGGUCAAUAAAAUUGAUGCUUCUCUAGCUUUACAUUCAUUAAGGUUUUUUUUUUCUUGUCAACUGUUAGAGCUUAUGAGCCUUUUUAUGCUUUGGCAGUCAUUUCUGGACAUGUUAUCAGUUCGGCCUAUUAAUGGAAGCAUUCAGAAACAUUUCUACAGCUUACCUCUUCUCUGUGAUUGGUCAAUUAAUUUCAAACUCCUGAUUUGCAUGAAACCACUCACACGUAGAAUCAGAAAAUUUCGAGUUAACUUAACAUGUUUAUUUGAAGAAACUCUAGGUUUGAUGAUCCCUCACAGUACAGACCUCAAGUGCACUGGAGUUCGUUUUGGAUGCCACGCUCUGGGAUGCUUCGUAUUAAACUGAAGUGGCUGUCACUGAUUGAGGUUUUCCAGAAAAUGUGAAUGAAUCUGGGUUUUUUUUUUUUUUUUUUUUUUGCUGUUGUUUUGUUGUGGAUGUGUUUUUUUUUCUGCAUUAAGAGUGUGAAGUGUUACAAACCAGCCAUCAUCAGUAUGCUUGUGUGUGUCUAUGUGAAAUACUGACUGAAUUGUAUGUAGUUCAAGGUUCACCUUGAACUACAUUUCAGACUGACUGUAUUUAAAUUCCUCCUCCUUUCAAACUGAUCUUUGUUGGUUGGUUGUUACAUUAUUACAUAACCUGAGAAAAAGUGGUGAUCAAAAUAUGUCACUAUUAACUUCUUAUGUUCAAUAAGAGAGUCAAUGUAUACACCUUUUAUUGAUAAGCUAAUAUUCCCGAUGGACAGCUUAAAUGUAGUAGAGUGCAUACUCGUUUUACAGCUUUUUAAAGAUUUAUAUCUUUGGAAUUUUUUUUUUCAUCAUUCUCUAAAUCAAAUAAUCAUGCAUGAAUGCACUGCCUAUUGUCUCUACUACACUACUGUCCAGAACUGACAAGCUCUGUUGCUCCAUGUCAGCACUCUGAUGUAUCCUUGUGCCUUAAUUGUCAAUAAAUAUGCAUUAAACUCA